AGUUUUUAGAGAGGCCGAUGAAAGCCUGGAUGUGUGUUUGAAGUGCGCAGAGCAGCUGGCUUUGUGUUUGUGGACUCCUCCCGUUGUGUGAUGAAGUUCAGAUGCGCGCCGUGGUUCCGUACGCGCGUCACCAGCGCACAGAGGAGCUUCUCGACGAGAGGGGAGGACGGAGAGAUGUGUGAAUCACGACCAUGGCAGGCGUUGAAUAUGAUAUUACACCUAGCUAAAUGACGCUCUAAUACUUUUACGGGAUAUGUUUCCACCCUUUGUAUGAGCGGUAACCCAGCUGCUCUGGAUACAGAGAUCCAGCACCGUCUUUCGCGUCUGCCUCCCAGUUGAAAAGCUUCCUGGGCUACGUGGACCGUAAAACCUCGACUCGGUCCUUCACGGGUAUGUUAUAGUUCUCUCGGACGAAGCUGUGUGCGGGGGUUUUUUGGAUCCAGGAAAUGUUGGCAUGGCCGCCUCGGGAGCACAGAAGUGUCCGAAGAGUGAGAAGUUGGACGAGGCGCAGGCUUUGGCUAAGAGCUGCGCGGGGAGACCAGACUUCCUGCCUUGUGAUGGACUCUCCAUCUGCGCUACGCACAGCCACGGGAAGUGCUUCAAGCUGCACUGGUGCUGCCACUUGGGCUGGUGUCACUGCAAAUACGUGUACCAGCCCAUGACCAAUGUGUGCCAUCUGCCCACCACAGCCGUGCCACCUGUUGGGACAGAGUACAGUAACACCAUGGACCUGUCCGUCUCUCUGGCUGAGCGCUUCCUGAAGCUCGCCCCAUACUUCCAGUCCCCACCUCACCUGGAGUCGCCCAAGUACUGUGUCAUCGCGGAUCUGUUUGUGGACGACUACAUUGUCAAACGCAUUAAUGGGAAGAUGUGCUACGUGCAGCGCCCACCACCUCCCUUACCAGAACCACCUCAUCCUCCUACCCCUCCCCCACCUGCUCCCGCUACACCUCAGAUGCACCAAAAUCCCACUCAGCGUCGGCAACCAGUGAAGCCCGCGCUGCCAACCCAACAUGCACCCGCACCCGCACCCGCACCCGCACCUGCACCUGUGCAGCCAGUCCAACAGGUGUACAGUGAACACAAACCCUCGCCCGUGGAUAAGAUCAAAGGCCCCAAAAUGGACCACUGCUCCUCUCCGUCCAGCUCCGAGGACUCCGGCAUCAACGCGCUGGGUCUGCACUACCUGGAGUCCUGCGAGGAGGAGAGUGAGGAGGAGGAGGAGGAGGAGGAGGACGAGCUGAGCACAGAUGGGAACUCCAGCCCCGGCAGCCUCUGGGAUCAGGACGACUGCUCUCUGCUCUCCCCCUCCAAGUCUAUGAUAGAGAUCAUCGAAAAGAUCGAAACAACUGUGUAACUGACACAACAUCGACAUGGACACCAACUGUGAGGGAGCGUGAUCUACAGAGCAGAAUCAUUAUUGAUGAGAAUAACACUCGAAGAUUUAUUUUACAUGGACCGAUAGGACACAAACCCCUCUCUAACGCUUCAUCACGGCUUUGCCGUGUUGUUUUAAGUUGAAUUUGUUUUCCUGCAGGUGGCCAAGGAUUGUACGUCUGCACUCACACACAGCCUCUCCUCUGUCCACAUACCCUGCAUGGAGUAAAUUUCUAGAACUUAUUACGAUACAGGAGAAAGAGGAAGCCCAGGAAUAUCAAGCACAUGCGCAGUGGACCAAAUAGACCUCUUGUACAUGGUAAUUAUACAGUGAAAAACCUAAAAUACAAAAGGACUCUAUAGUAGGUGCACCUCCGUCAAGUAAGACUUCUCUUUAGGUAUAUAUUACUGGAGCUAAAUUAUGUAUGAACAAAGGUGGUGUAAGUAGGUUUCUUGAUGAUAAUGAGCAGUUAGGUAAUUCUUAAUGUUUUCCAGUCGUCUGUCUGACUUUAUUAAUUCAGCAUUUAAGUGGCAGAUAAGCGUGCCAUUUCUUGUUCUCUGGUCAGUGGCUCCACCCACACCCACAUUAGCAAUUCUGACACUUAGCAUAAUAAGUACAAGGCCAGCUACCUCUCAUGGGCCUAAAGCACAUCAGCCUUUUAACACGUUUAGUACUCCGAGCUUCCGGGACACACCUGGUUUUAUCACAUUAAUAAAAAAGAUUCCCGGCCCACAGUUUGUGUGCACUUUACGGACACCAACACAAGCGGUAAGUAGGUAGGACAGUGUUCGACAAUCAAGGAUAACACAGAAGCACAUUCCGCUGUACCUGCCAGCGAGGACCAAGGAUACUCUCAUAGCUUCCAAACCCCAUUUAUCAGACAUUGACACAUUGUUCUGACCACCUUUUCUGUACAAGCCGGACAGAACUGCAAUGCUGUUCAAGGUUAAAUGGGGCGUUAAGCACAACAUGACUUGUACUGACCUCUAUUAGCAGCCAAGAAAUUAAAUAGCACAGACGUCUCUCUGGCAGAGCUACAGUGACAAAAGAAGGAGUCAUGUUGUCACAGCAGAAACUAGUAAGACACAUAGUGAAGAAGGAAUAUAUCUCAUAUAUAUAUAUAAACAUAUAUAAUAAUAAAACUGCAUUGGUAUUUGCUUUUUGGGCUUGACAGUGAAAUGUCUUGUGAUGGCAGCUGAAACUGUAGUUCGGGAAAGGUGUGCAGGCUAGGCUAGACUAAUAUGUCAGUUAUUUUGUACUACAGGGCAGAUGCACCUUUAAAAGGAGAUUACAGUAUGGAAUAGGACACUGAAUAGAUGUUGUGAUGGACUUGAUUAUAAGAAAUGCACUCAAAUAGAAAAUAUGUGAGACAGCCCCUUAUUAGUAAAGUGAAGAUGGGCUGGGUCUUUUAAAUUUUCUCUUUUUAUGUAAAGAGUUAUUUCCUGGAAAGUUAUCUGCAAAAAUCACUAAAUUAUUCACAAAUAUGUAUUGCUACAAUGCUACACUAGAUGUAAAAAUAAUAAUGUAAUAAUAUAUAGUCAUAUUGCAUGACUGCAUUAAUUUGCCGAACAAACAAAUUUAUGAUUCGGAGUGUUUCAAAGAGCGAACAAAUCCUGUAUCUGUUAUUCAAAUAAAAUGUUUUUUAUUCAGGGACAGCCCUUGACAUGACACUGAACACAAUCCCUCUUAAUGCAGUUUAAAACAUGUCUUACGUUCUUAUAAUUGUUACGGUAUAUUAUUUUCAUAUGAAUAAAUCUUAAUGAAACUCA